AUGGCUGCAACAUGUUUCAAUGGAAACAAUGGAUUUUACCCAUUUGCUUUUGCUCUUGUUUCUGCUGAAAACAAAGAUAAUUGGUUUUGGUUUCUGGAGAAUCUUAAACAAGUUGUCGAUGGUCGUCAGAUUGUUUUCCUUAGUGAUCGUGGAGAAGGACUUUUGCAGGGAAUUUCAAAAGUAUUUCCUAAUUCAUAUCACAUCUAUUGCUUUUACCACAUCAAGUGCAAUCUCCCUAUUGGGUUAGGUGAUGAGAAUUCGAAGGCCGUUAUUGAUUUGUUUUACAAAGCUACUUACUCUUACACAUCAGCUAACUUUGAAGAAGCUUUCCAAGACAUGCAUGCAAUUGGAUGUGAACAUGUUGCUAAUUAUAUCAGGACUAUUCCUAAGGAGAAAUGGGCAAAUGCAUUUUCCCAUAUGCAGAUAUAUUUGAAGGUUAUGAAGAAGAAUUCUGAGAGAAGGAUAGAAGGUCUAGAAAAUUUCAACACUAGGCUCACUCCCAUAUAUGAGGCUUUACUAAAGGAAAACAUCGACAUUGGUCGUACUUGGACUGUUACUAAGUCCAUGGAAAGAUUGUGGCGAGUUAAUGGUUUUCCUUGUGCACAUGUUUGUGCUGCCAUUCAAGCUACGAGGGAAGACAUCUAUUCAUUUGUUGAGCCAUACUUCACCACUGAAUGGUACAACAGGACAUACCAGGAGAUUAUCUUGCCAAUCCCCAAUUAUGACAAGCCGCAGUCUUAUGAUCUUAGUGAUAGGGUUAUUGUUCCUAUUCCUCUACCUGGUAGACGAAGAACACAACGUAUCAAGAAUGCUUGGGAGAAGCAAAAGAGGCCUAUGAUGUGCGCAAAGUGCUUCACCCUUGGUCACCACAACAGAGCUACCUUCCCCAUGCUUUGA